UAUCAAGGUUUAUGGGAAGGAGGCAUUUUCUGGUAACCCCGAGGGCGUGGUGAAUGGGAAAUGGGGCGCGUGGUCGUCUAUGACUGAGUGUAACCGGCAAUGUGGCGGGGGAAAGCAGUACAGAGUUAGAGAUUGUGACUCCCCAGCUCCUGCAAAUGGUGGUGAAGAUUGUUCCGGAGAAAAAUAUGAUAUAACAACUUGCAACGAGGAUCAAUGUCCAUUUGUUAAUGGUGGAUGGAGUGGCUGGCAAGAAUGGUCAAACUGCUCGGUCCAAUGUGGAGAUGGAGUUCAAGUCAGAUUUAGAACUUGUGAUAAUCCAAUUCCACUUGGUGGUGG